UUUGCGUUUGAACUUCUGCCCCUGAGCACAGUGGUCCACUUUCCCUAACACAAAACUCAUGAGCUGAAAAGUGAGAAUUCCAAGAGGAAGAUGGAUGAUUGGGAUCUAAGCGCAGAGGAAUUGGAUUCCCUGGAAAGAGAUGCUCUGAAGCAAUUGGCUCAGCGCAGUUCCUCUUCAGCUGCUGCCACUACCAGUAACAGUAAUUUCAGUAGGUCGAAUGUGUCUUCUAUGCCAGGGGUUGUGCCAUCUUCCCGUUCUCCAGCCAAGCCCACCUGUCUCUCUCAUCCGCCUGUGGAUGGUGAUAAGCAUAUUAAUACCUCACUGCAGGCAACAGUAUUACCUUCAAAACUCGUGCCAAAGAUAGUUGAUGAUUCUUCGAAGCAACAGCAUCCGAAGAUCACAGUCAAAUUCUUUUUACAUGCCAGUGGAAACAUUGCAGCAAAAUUUCCUUAUGACAAGGUACUCAUAGGAGCCUUCCACAAUAUUCCAAGAGCCAGUUGGAAUGCAAAAGAAAGAUUGUGGAUGUUUCCUUUGUCAUCAUUAUCAACAGCAGAAUGUGUUCUUCGGGAUUUCCCUGGCUCUAAUGUUGAGAUAGAGAACUUGGAUCCUUUGGUUAGGCGUGCUAUUGCUGCUGCCACUGUGCUUCCAGAUCUUCAAGACCGAUAUGAAAAGAUCCCCGGUUAUAUUGAAGCAAAGCUCUUGCCUUUUCAGCGUGAUGGUGUCAGAUUUGUAUUGCAGCAUGGAGGGCGGGUCCUGCUGGCUGAUGAAAUGGGGCUCGGAAAGACUCUUCAGGCGAUUGCGGUAACCUCUUGCAUUCGUGAGGCAUGGCCUGUUCUCAUUCUGACCCCAUCUUCCCUACGGCUGCAAUGGGCUUCUAUGAUCCAACAGUGGCUGGAUAUUGCACCGUCACAUAUAUUGGUGGUUUUGUCUCAGUGGAGUGGUUCAAACAGAGUUGGAUUUAAUAUUGUGCCCUCAAACACCAGGAGGCCUAUCAAUCUUGAUGGUGUAUUCAACAUCAUAUCCUAUGAUACUGUACCUAAGUUGCAGGAUAUGCUUUUGGCUUCAGAUUUUAAGGUUGUGAUUGCAGAUGAAUCGCAUUUCCUGAAGAAUGCUCAAGCAAAACGAACAAGUGCCUCCCUUCCCAUAUUGCAGAAAGCUCAAUACGCGAUCUUGCUCAGUGGAACUCCUGCAUUGUCACGACCAAUUGAACUAUUCAAGCAGUUGCAAGCCUUGUAUCCGGAGGUGUAUAAGAACGUUCAUGAAUAUGGUAGUCGUUAUUGCAAGGGUGGUAUAUUUGGAGUCUAUCAAGGUGCAAGUAAUCAUGAAGAGCUGCAUAAUUUGAUGAAAGCGACCUUAAUGAUUCGAAGACUCAAGAAAGAUGUUCUUUCUCAGCUUCCUGUGAAGCGCAGGCAACAGGUUUUCUUGGAACUGGGGCAGGACGAUAUGAGACAGAUAAAUGCACUAUUCUGUGAGUUGGAGGUGGUAAAAUUAAAAAUCAAAUCAUGCCAGUCCAGAGAAGAAGCUGAGUCACUCAAGUUCACAGAGAAAAAUCUUAUCAAUAAGAUUUAUACUGAUUCUGCUGAAGCAAAGAUUCCAGCUGUUCUGGACUAUCUGGGGACCAUAAUUGAGGCAGGCUGCAAGUUUCUAAUAUUUGCGCAUCAUCAACCUAUGAUUGACUCAAUACACAAGUUUCUUCUGAAGAAAAAAGUUGGAUGCAUAAGGAUUGAUGGCAGCACGCCAGCAGCAUCAAGGCAAGCUUUAGUGACGGAAUUUCAGGAGAAAGAUUCAGUGAAGGCUGCAGUGUUGUCCAUCAAAGCUGGAGGUGUUGGCUUGACAUUGACAGCAGCGAGCACAGUUAUAUUCGCAGAGUUAUCGUGGACUCCGGGAGACAUCAUUCAAGCGGAAGAUCGUGCUCAUAGGAUUGGUCAGGUUUCAUCGGUCAAUAUAUAUUAUCUGCUGGCAAACGACACAGUGGACGAUAUAAUAUGGGAUGUCAUUCAGAGCAAGUUGGAAAAUCUAGGACAGAUGCUUGACGGACAUGAAAAUUCUCUAGAAGUUUCAGUUGAUCAAUCAGGAUGCAGCCCUUUGAAACAAAGGACACUGGAUUCCUUCGUGAAGCGUUGUAAUAACUCUCACUCUGAUCAUGAACCCAAGCACAAACACCCGAGGAACUGAAAUUCCAAGUACAUAUGUGAAUCUUUGUGAAGACACUAUUAUUGUUCAGAGGAAAUUGUAUUAGCAUGAUAAUUAAAAAAAUCUAAACAUCGACAAGCAUAAUCCUAUGCAGUCAUUCUAAAUGACUGGUUUAUCAUAUCGGUUUCCCCAGGGUAAUAUUCACUUUCAUCAUCUCUCUUAUUCUGUCUGAUCCCUUUGUGAGAUGUAUUUAUGUUCACUGACAUUGAACCUUCACAAGUGAAUCGCGUGAAGGAGUGGUUAUAGCUAGCUGUUCCGUUGCUGCAUGUCUUACAUUAUUCGAUUGCCUCUGAAUGUUCAAAACAUUAUUAGGGGCACUAUGGAUAAAGCCUAAAGCGCUUUGAACCGUCGUUCUUGGAUAUGAAAUGUUCUUCUGGUGGAUUACCCUCCAGCA